GUUCGGGGAGUCAGCACGUAGCUGAAAAUGUGUUGAGUUUGAUUUUUCGCUGGUCGAUCCAAUUGGCAGAGAUCGAUAGGAGAAUGUUGUUCUCGGGAAUGUUGUUGUUUAUUAAAAAUAGAAUGAACCGGGUUUCGGAGUGAAAAAGUGUCGGCGAAUCGACUGGGCAGUUAAACACUCAUCUGCUUUUCCCAUCGCGUAACUAAAAAGUGUCGUUGAGUAACGAGGGAGCUCAGUCACUUGUCGAAGCUCAAUCGUGUUCGAACUCUCCUUGCUAAAAUAGAACUAACCGGGACGGAAAGUCGGGGCGAUGAACGGCCCAUAAUUUCACGAGUUGCUUCGUUUCCUGGAGUUUGUUUUGAGGUACUCGGUCCACUGGAUCGCCAGAAGAACAGUUUUUCCAUCACCCUCUCUUCGACAUGAACGUUUGGACUCAGUUGACCGUUGAACACGCGACGACUGUGAUUUUGAAGGACGACGAAAACGAGCAUGACCUUCGACCGAAACCGACGAUAGAAAAAUUACCGGACAAAGUGCUCCUGAACAUCUUCUGUUAUUUGACACAUCAAGAGAUCAGUCGACUGGCAAGAGUGUGCAAACGAUGGCGACAAGUUGCUUACGACACGAAACUCUGGCAGCACGUUUCCCUGCGACCGGAAAUCAGUGGGCUCCACGUCACAUCCCUCGAUUACCUUCUCCAGCUGAUCAGCGUUCGCUUCGGGCCUUCUCUGAGGUACAUCGAGCUGCCGAUCGAGCUUAUAACUCACACGGUCCUCCACGAGCUCGCAAACAAAUGUCCAAACUUGACGCAUAUGCUUCUCGAUUUCUCUACCGCGAUGCAGCUCCACGACUUUUCUGAGAUGCAAGCCUUUCCGACCAAACUCAAAUACAUGUGCGUCUGCCUGUCCGAAGUCAUCUUCAUGGAAGGCUUUAUGAGAAAAAUUUAUAAUUUUAUAAACGGCCUCGAAAUCCUUCAUCUCAUAGGUACCUACGAGAAGGUGGAGGAAGAAGAGGAGGAGAUUUACGAAGUGAUAAACGUCCACAAGCUCAAAUCGGCGACGCCGAAUUUGCGAGUAAUCAAUCUCUACGGAAUAAAUUUCGUCGACGAUUCGCACAUCGAUGCGUUCUCGUCAAACUGCAUCCAGCUGGAAUGCCUAGCCGUAAACUUUUGCUCCAAAGUCACCGGAUCAACGAUGAAAACUUUAUUUCAAAGGAGCAGGAGAUUGAGGUGUCUGCUGAUGCAAGGAACCAAUCUCCAGAGCGAGUACGUGAUGCAGGUUGAGUGGGAGAAAUCGAGUAUUCAGGAGCUGGACAUAACGGCGACGGAUUUGUCGACGGAAUGCCUGAUCGACAUGUUGAGUCGGAUUCCUGGUCUCCGGUUUUUGAGCGCCGGACAGCUCAAUGGUCUCAAUGACAGUGUCCUGAAGGCCUGGAUGGAAGCAGGAAACCCCCGGAACCUCAUCGCCGUCGAUCUCGACAGCUCGGACAACCUCACCGACGAUGGACUUCACAAGUUUUUGUCCAGACACGGACACCAACUUUGGGGCAUCGCGCUCUCGGGAAUGCCUCAUAUUACCGACCAACUUUGGCAAAGCGUUUUGCCCAUUUUGACCAAUGCGAAGAUCGUCGUCAUGGGGACUCAAGAGCGUCUCGGUGUAAAUAUCCACGUGGAUCAAUUGAUGGAUGGAAUCGCUAAUAACUGUCCGAAUCUGGAGCGCUUGGAACUCCGCUGGGAUCCAGAAAACUUGCGGUUUUCUGAUAAAAGUCAAAAGGCCAUCGAUAUCCUUCGUGUUAAGUGCAUCAAGCUGAGGUGUUUGGUUCUCAGUGACGGAAGAUAUUACGAGACGGUGAAAGCUAACUUUGAACGUGCCGAUAGGACGACCGUGGUUCGUACAACGACGUGUUGCAGAGUUUCCAACUACUACCUGUUGCAGAAUUACAAGGAUUUGAUUUUCAAUUGACUAAGGCUCAGCGGGCGUUCGUGCUUCGUUUAAACAAACGCGCUAUUGACGUCCGAUGUACAAAUAUUCAAAACUUAAAAGAGCUAAACGAAACGUAACUAUUUAAGAAAAAUUUUGUCAGCGUCGACUCGUGAAAAUUCAACGGAACUGUUGAAUCAACGCUUCGAACCUAAUCGCAGUUCUGUCAAGUGUCUUCCUUAUAAACUAUUAUGAGAAAAAUAUAUUUAAUGAAAUAUAAAUACAUUCAUUCGUGCCCA